AUGAAGCUGUUCUUUGUCGCCGCAUUUUUGGCUGUUGCUGCCGCCGUACCAUCCAGCUACAAACCGGAAUACAAAGCCGCCGACAUUACCAUCACUAGCCAAUCUGACGAGCGCAACCUCAAUGGCAGCAGCCAAUGGAGCUACGCCCAGUCUGACUACACAACUCGUGAAGAGUCUCAGGUCCAGAAGAAGAUGCAAGGAGUCACCUACGAUUCCUACGGCAAAGGAUCGUACGGUGGAAUCCUAGGCAACACCAAUAAAGGGUCUUCUUACUGGGUUUCUUCUGAAGACCAAAAAUUCACCUUGACCUGGGCCGCUGAUGAAGUCGGUUUCCAGCCCAAAGGAGAUCACUUGCCCGUUGCUCCUGUUCACGAAUACGAACUUCCAAACGCCCCUGUCCAUAUCCCUUUCAACGGCAAAGGCUACAAGAUCUACUAA